CUUUUGUAAAGUUGAACACGAUUCAACUGUUGGAGAAUACAGACUACACCUUCAGUCCUCAUUCAGCCUAAGCAAAGAUGUCUCACAGCUUUGGUGCCUGACCGUUAUUCCUGAGAAAACAGAACUCGAAAGUCGAGAACCAAUUAGCGGUCUCGCAUAAUUGAAGUUUACAUGGUGUUCAUUUCAACGAUGAAAAGGUCCUGGCAAAAACAAAGGAGGCAUUUAAAGGAAAAUGGCAUUCAACAAUGAUCUGAUGUGUUUAUUUAUGGUUUCACUAUUCUUCGCGAAACAUUGAAAAGUCUUGUUCGUCAAAAUUAAAUUCGUAGGCAAAAUGUUUCAAUUAUCUGAGUCAAAUUACAAUUAAAAGACUUUUGAUUUUCAUGGUUUUUUUUUUUUUUACAUUUAACUGUAAAUAAAAUUCACGCCGUCGAGUUUGCACUUUCACACUGUCCACAGUCUCAAAACCAAUUUGUUUGCGAUGCGUACCCCACACUGCGGAAACGGUUACGAGCUGACUGCUUUUACUAUCUCAGUUAUGAAAACCAUCCAUUUGUUUUUACAGGGAAUAACCCGACCCAGCUGAUUAAAAAUAUCUAUCUAACCGUUAUAAGCUGAAAGAUAAAUUAACGCGCGCUCGAUUGUUGAUUAGUAGAAGACAACAUGCUCAUUAAGGGUAAUAAAUAAUUCCCAUAUUUAAUCUUGAGAUCUAUUAACAAUCCUGUGUUUUAAGUUAAGGGCGGCUUUAAUUAAGUUGCUCCUUAAUAGCUCAUUAUUUGCGCAAAUCUGUGUGUAAAUAGAUUCCAUUCAGAAGGACGUAAUAACAUUAUUUCUUUCAGAAUUAGCCAGAUGAGCUCGUGUUGUGUCUUCUGAUAGCAGUACAAGUGCUGACGGCUGGUUAAAUUUGAUUUACAUGCUUCAAAUAACUUCCACAACAUUCAACACAUGAAACCUUAAGAGGAACCUGGAACAUCAACACGUCAUCCAGUUCACAAUAGCUGGCAGAACGACGGCUCCUUCUAAAAGACUACACUCCUAAAUAUAGGCUUUAAUUUACGGGCCACAUUCGCGAAAAAAAAAACCGUCACUGGAUUUAAGGGAGAACAGAAGUUCACAGUGGCGUAUUGUUUUAAGAGGGUUCAUCCGAUUUUUGAUUGUCGACACCUUGCUCUGUUCAAGCCAUGUCUAACGGCACAAUUCAACCCACGGGCAGUGAAGUGGAACUGGAGGAUAAAGUGAAACCGGCCUUCUAUGCGGUGGCUUUUGUACUGGGACUUCUUGGCAACUUUCUGGUGAUUGUCAUCGUAGCGGCCAGACGAAGUCGUCGCACAGCAAAUGACAUAUUUAUCCUGAACCUGGCCAUAAAUGACCUUGUGUACCUAUUUGUCUGCCUUCCAACUAACGUCUACAUGAUGUUUGCAGACAUUCAGUAUGACCUGUACUGCCGUUUGAUUUGGCCUUUAAUGACAGUCACUGUCAAUCUCAGCAUCUUUACACUUACAUCCAUGGCUGUUUUUCGGUGCUACGUUAUUCUGAAUCCUUUUAAGGCUGAGAUGCGUCAUCGCUACGUACUAAUCUGGAUCUUAGGAAUUUGGCUGCUUGGACUUGUUCUCGUGCUCCCGUUAUUAUUGGUGACAAAACCGAAGCUGGCAGAGCCGUCACAAGGGUGUACAGAGGUUUGGCCUUCCCCUCAAUACAGACAGGCUUACACAGCUAGCCUGUUUGCACUUCAGUUUAUGAUACCUCUGACCAUUAUUGCUGUUGCAUAUGUCCGUAUCGGCCUCGAUUUGGUGCGUCAAGGUAGACACCAGGUACCAGAUCACGCGGUACAUCAAGAAAGAAGAAGAGAGAACAUGCAAGUGAUUAAAACAUUAGCAACGAUUGUGAUCUUAUUUGCUAUUUGCAUGCUGCCUGCCCAGCUAGCCUGGCUUCUUCACGACUUUGCUUAUGAAGAUAACAAAAGCUUGAUAGCUUUUUUGUUCAGCUUCUCUCCCUCACUGCUCUACUUCCACAGUUGUUUGAAUCCAAUUGUUUAUGGUACACUCACUAAGCACUACCGGCGUGGUUUCAUCCGGUUCUUCUCUUACGUUUUCUGCUGCGGCUUUAUGAGCUUGCUCGGAAGAAACUCGGCCGCAAGUCACUCGGGCGUAAACAAGAUAUGUGCAACCUGGGGCCACAGAAACCGUAACACGGACAGUAGUAGCAUUGGUGAGUUCUGCCAACGAAACAAUAACACGGAGGUAGUUUUGCUACACGAGGAACUAUUGAAAGAUGACGGAACAGAAAAAGUUUCGGAAGGAAAACUGGAAGAAGAAACUGUAGUUUAAGUCAAACACGCACAUUUACCUUACGAAGUAUAACACGAAUUAAAACAUUGUAGUAAAAUUCUCAA